AUGAACUUUACAUUUGCGCCGCAGCAGUACCCUCAGCGGGAAACCCAGAAGAACUAUGUCUUCGUGGACGAGCACAACCGCCACAAACGGCUCAAGGUAAUGAGAGCCUGCGAGGGAUGCCGCAAGAGGAAAAUCAAGUGCGACGCGGUGACGACCAACAGCUGGCCAUGUUCGGCAUGCAUACGGCUCAAGCUACCCUGCGUGAAGCCUAAUGGAUUCGACGGCGCUGUGGAUGCGAACGCCUACGAAGGCUCCAUGGGACCAUCCGAUCAAUAUCAACAUGCGCAGAUGCAGCAAGCGAUGGCGCACCCAGGCUCAAGCUCCGGGCCGCAAAUGUACGCGGCGUACCCCGAACAUCCCGCGAGCGGAUAUCAGGGUAUCCCAUAUGAUACGUCACAGGCGCAGGCGCAAGGAAUGCACUAUACGAACUUGCAUCCGCAUCAUGGUGCCCUGGAUCAGCAAUACGCCGCCCAAAACGUGUUUCCGACGCCCCCGCUACAGCAUAUCAAAACCGAACAGUCUCCCGAGGGUUACUCGCCCGAGUCGUACGCGCAACAGGAUCUCUCGGAGCUUCUUGGUAGUCUGAAAGUGGACGAAAAAGGGACUGCCCCAUACUUGCGGAAUAAAGCUUCGUUCCGGAGGGAAGAGGAGCCAGCCGUUGAGGAUGACGAUGACUACCAAGCGAUGCUGCCGCCUGUCACGUCAGGACCGGGCUCCAAGGUCCGCAUCCCGCCCGAGUUGAUGCCAGAUGAGCUAGAAGCCCUGAAUUGCAUCGACGCCUUUUUCGAGAAUGUUCAUCCCUACGUUCCGGUGCUGAACAAGGCUAUGUUCAUGCAUCAAUGGCACACAUCGCGGGAGUCGAUAUCGCCGCUCAUCCUCGAGGCAAUCUUUGCUCUGGGCGGGCGCCUGCGGGAUGAUCCUUCGGAGGGCGCGCAGUGGCUCGCCCUUGCCACACGGCACGCCGACGCAUUCAUGGAUAACCCCCGACUUAGCACACUUCAAGGUCUUUUGCUCCUCCUCAAAGCCCGCGAGGCCUCACCAAAGCGUGGCUACUACUAUCGGUCAUGGAUGACGGUGGUGCAGUGCGUGCAGAUGGGCAUCGACCUUGGGCUCGACGAGCACCACGACGACCACGAAUCGGGCCGUGGGUGCGACUUCAACCUACUCGAGUGUCGACUACGCACUCGCAUAUGGCAGACAGUGUUUGUCUGCGAGGUGAUGGUCGGGGCGCCGCAGGGCCGGUACGACUUGGCCGUCCGGCAAGACAGCGUCGACUUUGACAUUCCACAGCCUAUGCCCGGUGGCGACAAGGAGGAUGAGCAGGUCUCACGGAACUUUGUGUAUUUUGCGCGCGUCGUGCGCAACGUGCGCCGGAUGAGCUCGGUGUAUACCAGAGUGAAGAAGAAGAAGGAUUGGGGCAUCGACCCAGAAAUGGUGCAGCUGAACCAAGGGUUCGCGUCAUUUCUGCCUGAGCUUCCAGCCGACAUGGCUGUCACGUAUCCGCCGGAUGGAUCACCACCUUGGCUCCCGUCGUCGUUUAUCGGCAACCUCCAUUCUUACUUUCACCUCAGUGUGAUCCUCUACAAUCGGCCACAGCUGUCUUUCCUGGACCCCACGACCAACGCAGCCCAGUGGAAGCACCACAUGGCCAAGUGCUACGAUUCCGCAAAGUCACUGUGCAAACUCCAGGAGGCCAUAGUGAACAGCAGUGGCUUGGAGGGGCUUAUGUGUAUGCAACGUGGCUACAGCUUCACAGUCUACUGCGGACUGUCAUGCAUCGUUCUUCAUCUGGUCUGCAUCGUGUCUCCUGACCCUGAUUUCAACCAAGAUGCUGCCGAGUAUUUCUCGCGGCACAUGCGGAUCAUGGAGAAGGUCAUGGAAGUUUGGACAAUGCCGGAGCUACGCCAGCAAGUCGAGGCUGUACGGGAGGCCUUCUCAGCCGACACACGGAAGCCCUUCCAGCUGAAGCCGACGUUCCCGUACGGAAGCCCGCACCCUUCUAACCACUCCAGUCCGCCACAGGCCCCCCAGGGCUACCGACCCGCGGUCGACCGCGCAGGACCCAAGGAUCCUCUUCUGGACGCAGCGCAGAGCGCUCCAAACGUUAGUUUCCCCGGCUACCCCAUCACACCCCCAGUCUCCUCUGGUGCCGCGGACAGCAAAAGUGACUCUCCUAUUGGACAGCCCAACAUGGUUAUGAUAUCCCAAGGCGGUCAGGUCCCAGCUCUGCACCAGAAUAUGCCGCUGCAUGAGCAGCCUGCGUGGAAUCCACAGCGGAUCUUUGAGCAAUGGAACACAUCCUUCGGUCCUCAUGAGAGAAGCAACAUGCAGGAGUACCAUGGGACGACCGACAGCCUGCAGCAGAGUGGCCCCUCCCAGCUCUCACCACAGCAGUACAGUGUGCCGCCAGCCCCCAUCAUCUCGCCCGCCCAGUGGCAGGCGUCCGUGGCCAGCGUGUACGAGGGAGGACUCAAGCGCGCUUGGGACUAUGAUGGCUCCUCGCAAAUGAUGCAACGACGUCACUGA